AUGCCGGAUAAAGAUGAUGUGAAGCAGUCAGACGCUUUCGAACCAAUAACUCCUACACAGGGUCAGAAAGUGAGACAAGCCAUUUGCUCCUUUUAUGAACAUAUCACCAAGCUAUGCUACAGCCCUCAAUGGAUACUGAUUCCCUCUCGGACUGAAACAAUGUGCCGCAUGGUCAUAACUCGUCGAGAAUGGAGGAGCCGUGGCCUGAUGGAUCGCUCCAUCCGGCCCUUCAGAAGUGCUGACCUGAACAUCAGUCGAUCCCGAUGGCUUCUCUAUAUAUUGGACCGCUCCCAUCAAGAGACAGCAGAACACAACAGGCAUGGCAUUCAGGCUAUCAUUGACUUGGUCAGUACGUGUGGACAGCAAAAUGUUGCUCUUAGGGGUCAUACAGACGAGCGGAGUAAUUUCCAAGCUUUUUUAAAGUACCGUGCUAAAGGUGACCCCACGUUAAAACAGUACCUGCAGCUGGCGCCUGCGAAUGCCAAUUAUUGCGGCCAUCAGAUCCAGAAUGAGAUCAUUGAACUCUGUGGCAAACAGAUACAGAAUGCUAUUCUUCGUAAAUGCCGGUCCGCUGAAUGGUUUUCUGUGAUCUUGGAUGAAACAGCAGAUGUGAGCAAUACAGAACAGGUCUCAAUUCUAGUUCAUUAUGUCCAUCAUGAGUUAGGGGGCUACUCAGUGAGGGAGGACUUUUUGUGUUUUGUUUCCACUGCUGACACCACAGGGGAGGCUUUAACUAAGGUGUUGCUGGACAAACUAACACAACUAAAUCUGGACCCAAAGAAUAUGGUGGGGCAAGGCUAUGACGGCACAGGCAACAUCAGUGGCAAGGUGCGAGGUGUGCAGGCUCGAGUCAGACAGCUCUAUCCUGCUGCCACUUACGUGCACUGCAGAAAUCACGCUCUGAACCUGGCCAUAGUGCAUUCCACACGAAUCCCACUUGUUCGCAACAUACUUGAUUCAGUCCAAGACAUUGUGGCUUUUCUAUCUGGUUCCCCCAAAAGGUUACAAAUAUUUUUAGGUGACCAAAGCGCUGAAAACCGACGUCUACAAAAAUUCUCUGACACUCGCUGGUCCCAGCAUGAUGCAUGCAUCUCCACUGUCAUUGAAAACUAUGAGCACAUAUUUGUGACCCUUGGGAAGCUCCAGGUAGAGGGGGAUGCUAAAAGCUGCGCUACGGCGACCGCCCUGUCCAGGUCAAUGGAGUUGUUUGACUUGCUGCAAUAUCUCACGCCUCUUAGCAACAGCUUGCAAAAUCCAGAUUGUCAUCUGCCAACAGCUGCAGCCAAUGCAGCAGCGUUAGUAACGCUGCUACAACAAAAGCGAGACACGGCCUUUCCAAGACUGUGGGAGCAGGGUUGCGCUUUGGCAGAUAAACUGGAUGUAAAUCCUAUGAUCCCCCGAAUCGUCAGAAUGCAGACUAAGCGUUCAAACACACCGGCAGCAACCCCAGAGGAGUACUGGCGACUAAAUUUGUUUCUUCCAUUUAUUGACCAUCUUAUUACAGAAGUGACAGAUCGCAUCUGCCUUGCACUCCUGCGCCUCAAUGCCCAGUAUUUGCUGCCAGACAAACUCUCUGCCUUGUCCGACACUUUAUGGCAUGACAUAAAGGAGGAGUACAAGGACUUAAUGCCCAACGUCAAUGCUGUAGACACCGAGAUGGAACUGUGGAAACAGUUAAAUGAGCUCAACCCGAAAAAGCAUGACAUUUGUCAAGUCCUCGAGACAACUGAAAAUUUUUAUCCAAACAUUCACAGCAUUCUUCAAGUCUUGCUGACAAUGCCAGUCUCCACAGCCUCUGCCGAGCGUUCUUUCAGUACAUUAAGACAUCUCAAAACAUACUUGCACAAUACCAUGAGUGAUACAAGGCUCACUGGGCUUGCGCUCAUGAACAUUCAUUUUGAUAUGGAGACUGACAGCGAAGAGAUUAUGAGGCAGUUCGACGCUACAGGUAGAAGACGAAUUAACUUUAAAUAG